AUGCUAGAAUUACUCAAACGAAACAUCGACAUACGUUUUACUGAAAGACAAAGUAGAUAUGGGUCUUUUAAUUUAAUUUGUCCAAAGUAUAAGAAAGAAUCAGAAGGUGCCAGGACUUUUCAAGUAUCAGCCACUAGGUUUUGGAAUUCACUUCCCAAUGAAAUUAAGUGUAGUUCUAGUUUAGAAAUUUUAAAGAAAUCUUUAUGUAAGUAUUUUUUGGAGUCCUAUAAAGAUGUUCAUCACUUUACUAUAGCUUAGGCUAUUCAACUUUAUUCUUAUAUAUCUUAUAUUUUUAGAUAAUUCAUAUUUUAAUUGUUAAAUCACCUAGUUUUAAUUAUUUCAUUAUUUAUAUGUAUUUGUGUUUAUUUUUAAUUUGUUUUGAGGGCCAGGAGUUUGUCAGAAUUUUAUACUGUCAAGUGCCACCCUCGAAAAAUAAAGGUGAUUAUUAUUAUUAUUAAAGCGUGAAAAGUAAAUUGAUUUUAAUUCUUUUUGAGUACAACUUAAAGACGAACGUUUGGGUUUACCUAGCAGUGAUUUAAGUGUUGUCGAGGCUGAUGUCAUUGUAAGCAGCGUUGUUGUUGAAACAGACUUUGAUGUUCUAACAGCUGAUAUCACUGUGGAAAGUGGUGUGCUUGUUUCUAUUGGGAUAAUUUAAAAGAAAGUUUAAGUAAAAAUUAAAAUCAAUCAUGAAUCCGGGUUGUUCAAAAUGGGUGCAGAUAACCCAGGGUUAGUGGGAAAUAUGAAUUUAUAACAUAGCGCGCGUGCUCGCCCUAUUUAAGUCCUAUUGAGCCGCUAUGAACAAAAUCUUUAUUUACGCACGCCCGUGCGUAAAUAAGAUGACGUGAGCAUUUUUUUUUUACCUGGCUGCAAAAUUGUCGACUUUUAAGCUGCAGUGCACUUUUCCUUCUCUUUAAAACACGGAAGAAACCAGCAAAGAACUGCCCAAUUUUUCUGUCGGCAUUGACCUUUUAGGUCCUGGUCCAACAAGCAGCAAAAAUAAAGCCGAAUUUAAAAAAAAACUCGCAAGUCGCGCGUUUCACAAAUUUGUCGAAGACCAGCUGCAGCAAAUUUUGGCCGAAAGACAUUCACUGGGAACAGAACAGACUCCAACUGGUCAUCAACAACAUUUAAAGGCAAAAUUUCCGUUUUUAUUGUUGUUUUUAAAUUUGUUAUGUACUUUGUUUUCUCCGGACAAUCCGACUGAAGCAGGAAAAUUUCUCUCGCAAUAACAACACAAAUUACACAAGAAGACAUAAAUUUUCUACUCACAAAAACAACUGCUGCCAGGUCUUCUCAAGAAGCCGUAAUGACCAGCCAAUGUUCGUAAAUGAAUAUAAGUUUAAAGAAGGAUGACAGUCGUCUUCGCUAAAAACAUGUUUUCUGGAUUUCGCCGAGCAAAACGUAAACAUCUUUUCAGCAAAUCCAAACCAUACUCCACGACUUCUUACGAACAUGUUAGUAUUUUAACUUUAGGUGAACUUUAAGACUCUUUUACCUUUGUUUCUGCUUAGUUUCCAUUGAUCGUUAACGAAUAAAGAAGCAAAUUUUCUUUCUCAGUUUUACAGAAAGAAUAUUUUCAUUCAAACUAGACGAUUGUGGCGUGUUCGUAAUCAGCCAAUAGAACCGUUUGUUAUUGUGUAGCGCGUUACGAGAAUUUUGCAGUUCAUCAAAAAGCAAGCAUUUUUGUCAGCUAUGUUAUAAAAGAAUUUGCUCAUGCUUAUAGCUGUGCGUAUAUCGAGUUAUGGAUGCACUUGGGAAGUUUGGAGAGCACUCAAGAAGCUAGAGUUGCACUCGGCUACCGCCUCGUGCAACUCUUACGCAUCUUUCGUGCUCUCCAAACUUCCCGCGUGCAUCCAUAACUCGAUAUACGCACGCUAAGCAUGAACAAAUUUUUAAUUAGAAACGAAAGCGUAAAAAGUAAAUUUCACCAGUUAUAGUUCUUUUUGAGUACAUCUUAAGGUGUAUUCAUACAGUUUUUCGGAGACCACACCGAUGUUGAAGCGAUUUUGUCCUUGUCCGAUUGCUACAAACUUUUCACCAGUGAUUGCCUAUGAAUUGAAGUUUGUCAAAAUGCGGUUUCUAGUAAAAUCGAUAUCACUCUGACAGCAAUAAAACGAAACACUUUGAAAUCGACAAAAUCCGAAUUUUGCGCGAUCUAGACCUUUUACUGAAAGUCCGACGGCCAGGAACUUAAAGUGUGGUGUUUAGCAUGUACCCUCCGUGAGAAGUAGAAAAUUCUGUAUGUUUGAAUUCAAAUAAAACGCAAUUAAUAUAUUUCAGACCUUAUAUUUUCAAUAGCCGUGAUAAAAUGUUUGAUAAAAAAAGUUCUAAAUAACUCACAUUAAUCUUAAGUAGAGUCAGAAAGCUGCUAGAUAUCAUUUUUCGAUGCUAGGAAAUUUCGGUGUAUUUUUUGUCUUGCGAUCCUGAUAACUAACCUGUUUCCUCAGCAGCUGUCUAAGUGCAACUUUAUUCUAAACUUUGACUUUUAGCCCUUUUCUGUAUUAUCUGUAAAACGGCUCGAGAUAAUUCUUUUUUUAACCUCAUCAUAUAAUCUUCAUGAUGUAUAUCAGACUCGUACCCAGUCGCUAUUUGUGUGUUUUUGGGGUGAGAGAAGAAUGGGGGCUAGGUUGAGGCGCGCGAGAUCUCAUGGGAAGGUACACCACGCCUUCUCUCAUUUAGUUGCACACAAAAGGUAUCAAAAUGGAUUUGCUUUUUAAGCUUUCAUAUCUAAAUUUAUAUUACCACACUGUAAGUUUCUGGUGUCGGACUUUCAAUAGCAAGUCUAGAUCGCGCAAAAUUCGGAUUUUAUCGAUGUCAAAAUUUUUUGUUUGUUGUUGUCAUAGUGAUAUAGGUUUUACUAAAAGCUGCAUUUCGAUAAACUUCAAUUCAUAGUCACUCACUGGUGAAAGUUUUGUAGCGAUCGAACGAGGGUAAAAUCACUUUUAAGUUGAUUGAAAAAUAUCGGUAUGGUCUCCCAAAAACUGUAUCGAAACACCUUGAAGAAGAAAGUUUGGGUUUACCUGGCAGUGGUUUGGGUGUUAUCAAGGCUGAUGUCAUUGUAAGCAGCGUUGUUGUUGAAACAGACUUUGAUGUUGUUACAGCUGAUAUCACUGUGGAAAGUGGUGUGCUUGUAUCUAUUGGAGUAAUUUAA